AUGAUGGAGGCGCCUCGCGUCGACAGUUCAUGCGAGGACCAAGCCGGGCCCGCACAUCCUGGGACUUUCCUAGCCAGUCAAUACGGGAAGAGCGACCACGCGCAGGCCAGAGUUGGCGUGGACUUCCCGGUGUUUGUAGUUCUUCCUGCCGGUGGCAGCGGAGAGCGGACCGGGCUGCAGACGCCCAAACAGUUUUGCUUGUUACUGGGGCGACCGCUUAUAAGCUACACCAUUGAGGCUUUUGAGAGGGUAUCAUGGAUCCGCAGCAUUGUGGUUGUCGUGGCCAAGGAAAACACAGACCUGAUGGCGGCCAUCGUCGGGCGCUUCCGGCACGCCAAAGUCCGGGUGGUGGCUGGCGGAUCCACACGUCACAGGUCCAUUUGGAAUGGCGUCAUGGCUCUGAGUGAGGUGGGGGAGGAGGAAGCGGAGGGCGGGGAGGACAACAAGGUGGUCAUCAUUCACGACGCCGUGCGGCCUUUCGUUGACGAGGACUUACUGUAUCGGGUCACCGUGGCUGCCCGGGAACACGGAGCCUCGGGAGCCAUCCGACCGCUCGUCUCCACGGUGAUCGCAACCACAUCGGAGGGCUUCCUUGACCACUCGCUGGAGCGGGCCAAGUAUAGAGCCAGCGAGAUGCCGCAGGCCUUCAUGUACAACGUCAUCCAGAGAGCAUAUAAGAAGUGCACCGAGGCCGACUUUGACUUUGGUACCGAGUGUCUCCAUCUGGUGCUCCGAUACUGCGGCACCAACGCCAAGCUCAUCGAGGGACCGCCCACGUUGUGGAAGAUCACCUACAAAAGGGAUUUGGCUGCUGCAGAGUCGGUCAUUAAAGAUACUGUAUCUCGAAGAGCCUGCAUGAUCACAGGCCGAUGUUCGCAUGCAAGGAUGCUGGCCGACUCCCUCCACAAGGCCUUUUGCAAACGAGAAACGGAGCUGGAUAUGAUCCCAGAUGUGAAAGGAGACAAUGUCAAGUAUCUGCUCAAGGCCUGGACGUUCAUCCAACUUUCUAUGAAUGACUCGGACUUGGAUGAAGAAGUGGAGACCACGUUUGCGGCUUUGGAGGCGACAAAUCAAACGCUUCUCCACCCAGUGGUUGUCGUCGUAGUCCAUUUAAGCACUAUGGACCGAUGGGCGGCAGAGCCGACUGCCUUUGCAAAAUUGGCCUCGGGAGCCAAGCUCCGGAAUAUUCUCUUAUAUGGUGUCAAUCUGCAGCAGUCAAAGGAUGCCGAACGUUGGACAAGGUCUUUGGCUAAAGCAGCGGAGUUGACAUCAGCUUUGUUUCGGGAGAGGAGCGAGGCCUUGGUGGGUCAAAUUCUACAAGCGUGAUGCCGCAAAAAAAAAAAAAAAAAAUUAGGUUGCCUCCACUAUCAAAUUCAGUGAGAAGUGCAAGCUGUCCUAAGCUCACCUCCACAUCUUUUUUUUUUUUUAAAUAUAAUUUCAAAGGCUCAUUGUGACUAAUAAAUUGACUUGUACAUGAGGAAUUGUUGGAAUACCCCUUUAAUGUUCUCCUGACAGUUUUGUUUUUUUUUUUGGGGGGGGAGGGGGGUGCUUAAUAAUACUCCAGCUGAUUUUUCAUCACAUAAAGCCCAUGUCCAUUUUCCAAGCUGCUUAUCCUCACAAGUGUCAGGUGAAAUGUUUCUUACUUUUUCCUCAGUUGUAAACAAUUCUUUUUUUUUUAACACUUAGAUAUCCAUAUAGUAAAAUAAUUAGUCUAAAUAAGUAUGUUCAAAUUUUUAGAGCAACAAAAACUGAAAAGUUUUCAUUUUUGUGCACACUGAUAGUUGUCUGAAAUAAAAGUAAACUUUUUUUUUAUUUUAAAGUAGUGAAGAAAAGAUGAUUUCUACACAAAUAUACGGUGGUAAAAAAGGAAAUUAUUUUAACAUAUGGUUUAAAAAAGCUGAAUUCACUUGGCAUAUUUUUACACAAAAGAAAGCAAAAAAUCUUUAAGAUAACCUAAAAAAAAUGUUGAAUAAGCAGGUAUAACCGCCAAUAAGGGUUUUCAGGGUUCGUGUCCCCGUAAAAAAAAAAAAAAAAUCUAAGGAGGAAAACAAAAAAGCUUAAUCAACCAGUACUUAACCAGCAGUGUGUUAAGGUGGGCGUUGAAUUCCAUGUUUCUGUUCAACAUAGUGAUAUUAAUUAAAAUGAAAUUUACUUCAAUAUAACUAUUAAUCUCAAGAGUACUGCACUUCAUUUCUAGUGAAUGCUGCCCUCUGGCAGGACUAUAGUAGUCAUUGCAGACCAUUGA